CGUUCAUUUAGCUCGAGGGUCUCACUUUCAGGUCACUGAGAUAUGUUGAAACUACUGACCACCGUUGCUCUGUUGACUGUCACCUCAGUGUUGGAUGCUGCUCCGUUAAUGCCUGGACAACCAGAUGCCUUUGAAGAACCAGCUGAUGGAGGUACACGAAGAACUGCCGCGGACAUUCAGGAAAACGCAGCACGAGUAACGAGGAUUUUAGAGAAACUACUGAAGACCAGACCAAUGACGAUAUUUCCCGACGGAGAUGGAAAGACCGUAGUGAUGAGAGCUUUAGACGAAAUAAUUACAGCUACAAGUAACCCAGAUAUCAGAGACAGAACCUCAGGCACUGGUGUCAAUAAUCCAUUAAAGACACUAACACUGCUUUCUGAUGGUCACGAGGAGAUUCUGCCAGCGCCCGGCGGCCGAGAUGGAUCUCUGAGGAUUGACCGCACAACCAGUUCACCCGAUUCCCAGCGGCAAAUGGAGAAGAGCAGACGGUUCAGACGGUCAAAGGUGAAUGAUUCAGACGAAAACGACGUGCCUGCAUCAGCAGCUGAACGAUCUGAUCCCAUCACGGGGGAACCGGGCGCUCGAGAGGAGCUGGUGAAGAUGCUGAGUGCACUCGAAGAGCUUCACAAGUUAAUGAACAGCACCCUGAGCCAUCGAAUCACCAUCAUGACCAGAGGAAAUGGCAACGGACGAAGUACCGGGAAGAAGAACAAAAUGGUAGUGACAGAUGGAAGCCUGAAAUCCACCACAGCGUCCACUAUAGACAGUGGUGGGAUUUCACCGAUGGCCAGCACUGACCAAAUGGAUCCCAAGCUCAACGGAAAAGCCUUUAAAAAGUCUCUUCCAUCAACUAAGAAAACCAACAAGAGAGUGUGCUUCUGGAAGUACUGCUCUCAGAACUGAGUAGAGCAACGCAUUUCUCCAGCAUUUCACCCAGCAACAAAUCCUGCUCUCAAACAUAGAUGCGGACCAUCAAUAACACCACUGACCCCUCUGACCUCUGUGACGUGUGUACCUUUGACUUUGUGCACGAAAUGCUCUUAAUUUUCGAUCCACAAUGUCUUUGUUGUUGC